AUGGCGCUGGAGGAAUGGACAUUCACGCCCCCAUUCCGCGCAUUGGUGCAUCGCUGGGAGGUCCUCAAGGAGUACCACGAGAAUGCCAAAGUUCCCGCACUUAAGAACGCAGCUUCGGUGCUGCUAGCCUUCCUGACACCGAUCGUUGCCCCGUCCGUUCUGGCGCAUGCGCAGACGCACAAGGCUGGCAAUUUCUACGGGGUUGACACCAUCUGUCGCAUCGCCAAGUACCAGAAGCGCGAGGGAAACGGGACCACCAUUCCACCAUCGUGGGUCAUCGACGUGGAGUACAUAGACUGGAACGGAGAGAACUGUGGCUUUGCCACCACGACGAUCAAGAUCUGGAAGUUCGACGGAUACCGCCGAGUCACCUCACUUCCCGUUUUCCCCAUCUCGUUCCUCGCCAAUGAAGCUGGCUUCAAGAAGACUGCGAUCGAGCGAGGCCAGAAGUUCGAGCGGCUUCGCGGCUACCACUUCAUGGCCGCCAAUGGAACCAAGAUUCUUCUGGAGACUGAGAAGCGAGAGCAGCGGCCCGUCGCCGGCAAGCCCAAGCUGCGAUACCUCCUUGCCGAGAAGGAUGAAGACGGAGAUGGGGAUAAGAAAGUGGACAGGAAUCAGGACGAGGACGAGACUGUCACUGAUGACACGGCGAUGCCUGAUACCGGUUACGAGGCCAGUUUCAAACCAGUCGUUGUCGACGCCGGGACUGCCGCCAAGGGACCCGCCGAGCGAACGCAAGACCUUCGCCCCCUGACCGAGGACCAGCUUCUCAUGACCAGCCCCUGGCUCAAGGGCUUCGACUUGAAGAGCAAGGAUUGCUCGUCCUGCCCGGCGACGAAAAGACUCUCGCGUGGGAGUUCGUCGAAGCCAAGCCUCUCCAAGGAGGAUGGCUUCGACGACUUCAUCCAGGACAAGGGCCGCGGCCUGAUUAUCCUCAUGUUCGGCCCGCCCGGCGUGGGCAAGACCUUCACCGCUGAAGCCGUGGCCGAGAAGUCCCGCGUCCCGCUCUACGCCAUGAGCGCCGGCGACCUCGGCACGCGGCCGUCCGACGUGGAGAAGGCGCUCGAGCGCGCCUUCGAGCUCUGCCGCAUGUGGAACGCGAUGCUCCUCCUCGACGAGGCCGACGUCUUCCUCGGCGCCAGGACCUCGGAGAGCAUCGCCCGCAACGAGCUCGUCUCCAUCUUCCUGCGCAUGCUCGAGUACUACCAGGGCAUCCUGUUCCUGACCACCAACCGCGUCGCGAGCAUUGACCACGCCUUCCAGUCGCGGGUCGACCUGUUCCUGCCUUACCACGAUCUCAGCAGCGAGGCACGGCGACAGGUCUGGGUCAACUUUAUCAAGCGAGCUGGAGAGGAAAACUUCGAGUUGAACGAUGAGGCGCUGGACGAGCUGUCGCAUUUGCCUCUUAAUGGGCGUGAGAUCAAGAACUUGAUCAAGUCGGCGCAGCUCCUGUCGCUCAAGAGCGGCUCCAAGGUGCCGAUGGAUCGCUUGUACAUGUUGGCCGAUAAGCGGGUGCAGGCUCUGAAGAUGCUGGAUGGAGAGCUGAUUGAUGUCUAA